AUGAAUAUUGCGCAGCCAGUUGCCUCCGAGGUGGAGAGUGUGGAAUUCACAUUUCUCUCCGCCAAGGAAAUUCAGGCCAUCUCUGUGAAGCGCAUCGAAAAUGAAAGCACUUUCGAUAACCUUCUCAAUCCUGUACCAGGAGGCCUGUACGAUCCGGCUCUGGGUUCAUGGGGCGACGCACCAUGUGCUACUUGCAACUUGAAUCAAUCGAGCUGUCCGGGACAUCCAGGUCACAUCCAACUCCCAGUCCCCGUCUACCACCCAGUUUUCUUGGACCAGGCCUACCGAUUACUUCGCGCAACUUGUGUCUAUUGCAAGGGAUUCCGUCUGCCACCAAAGGACCUUCACAAAUAUACCUGCCAGCUGCGCCUACUUCACCAUGGCCUUAUCAAUGAAGCGCACAUGGUAGGGUCGAUUGGAGAGAAUGACUUGGCAAUCGAGAUAAAAGAGGCGCUUGGCGAGGGAGACAGCGAGGCCGAGGAUGAAAACUCUGGAGCCGAUGGCGUUACUCGGCAAAGAGAAAAAUACGUUCGCCAGUGCCUUCAGGGCAUCAAGGUCAAGAGGGGAGAGGUCAAGAGGGGAAAGCAUGAGGGUGCCAACGAGAUGCGCCGUGAAAUCAUCAAGGACUUCCUCGCCGAGAUCAUCAAAAAGCGAGUGUGCUCUAGCUGUGGAGGCAUUUCCCCAACCUAUCGAAAGGACCGGUCUGUCAAAAUUUUCGAAAAGUCCCUCUCAACCAAGGAAAAGGCAAAGAUGGCGCAGAAGGCCCUCAAGUGGGGUGAUGCCAUGACCCGAGUCCACCAUCGCAGAUCAGCAACAACGAAAAAGUCUGAGAGCAACGGCGAUGUUACACAAAUCAAUGGCUCAGAAGACUCUCCCGAGACCCAGGAUAUUGAAAUGGGAGAUGCAGAUGACGAUUUCGCAUCUGAAGAGAGCGCUCAAAGAUACAUCAGCUCCAUGGAGGUGCGGGCACGGCUCGAGGAAUUGUUCAGGAAAGAGCAAGAUCUUCUCUCACUCGUAUACAACGCCAAGCCUCCAACUCAGAGCUCACCAAAAGUUACCCCCGACAUGUUCUUCAUUACAGUUGUCUUGGUGCCGCCGAACCGUUUCCGACCUGAGGCCCGGACUGGAGAUUCACAAAUAUCCGAAGCCCAGCAGAACGCCCUUUACAAGAACAUUCUCGGCUGCUGCUCAAGCAUUGCUCGUGUCUACAACGAGAAACGAGCAGAUAUCACAAGCAUGCACCAAGCCUGGACGGAGCUUCAGGACGCUGUGAAUUCACUAAUCGACAAGAACAAAAACCCUGUGCAGGGCGCCGCUGCCGCGCGAAACGAAGAUGGAAUUAAGCAACUGCUUGAGAAGAAAGAAGGUCUUUUCCGUAAGAACAUGAUGGGAAAGCGAGUCAACUACGCCGCCAGAAGUGUUAUUUCUCCCGAUCCCAACAUCGAGACCAACGAGAUUGGUGUUCCUCCGGUGUUUGCAAAGAAAUUGACGUAUCCUGAACCGGUCACCAGUCACAACUUCAAAGACAUGCAACAGGCGGUUAUCAACGGUGUAGACAAGUGGCCGGGAGCUUUUGCCAUUGAAAAUGAGAAUGGCCAAAUAGUCAACCUUCGCAACAAGUCCGUAGAUGACCGUAUAUCUCUUGCCAACCAGCUGCUAGCGCCAACAAACAGCAGCGCGGCUCGCAUGAAGAACAAAAAGGUCCAUCGACAUCUCACUAACGGUGACGUUGUUCUGAUGAACCGUCAGCCUACACUGCACAAGCCGUCCAUCAUGGGUCACCGAGUCCGCGUUCUGCCAGGCGAGAAGACAAUCCGAAUGCACUAUGCCAACUGUAAUACCUACAACGCAGACUUUGACGGCGACGAAAUGAACAUGCACUUCCCACAAAACGAGGUAGCCCGUGUAGAGGCGUUGCAAAUUGCCGAUACCGACCACCAGUACUUGUCUGGUACUGCUGGAAAGCCCCUGAGAGGUCUCAUUCAGGAUCACAUUUCCGUCUCAGUCGCUCUCUGCAGUCGAGACGCUGUUUUCACCCGGAGCGACUUCCAACAGCUAAUAUACAGUGCCCUUCGCCCUGAGAGCGGCCAUAUCUUGGGGGAGAGACUUCAGCUUCCUCCGCCAGCAAUCAUUAAGCCGGUGCCGAGAUGGACAGGAAAGCAGGUCAUCAGCACAAUCCUCGCCAACAUAAGGCCACCCAACUGCGGAGGGCUGACAAUGAACGAGAACGCCCAAAUCAAGGCCGAACAAUGGGGUACAUCAUCGGAGGAAGGAACCGUCUUGAUACAGGAUGGCGAGUUCAUAACAGGAAUUCUCGACAAGUCUCAGAUUGGACCUAGCUCAAGCGGUCUGAUUCACGCCGUGCAUGAGAUAUACGGACCUUCAGUCGCUGGCAAACUCCUUAGUAGCUUGGGCCGGCUGCUUACCAGAUAUCUCAGCAUGCGAGCCUUUUCAUGUGGAAUGGACGACUUGAGGCUAACGGCUGAGGGAGAGGCAGCACGACGACGAGAACUUGUUGCGGCCGACAAGAUGGGAUUGGAAAUUGCGUCAAAGUAUGUCUCCCUAGACAAACAAGAAGACUCACAGAAUCCACUCCUGCUUGAGCGCCUUGAAGAAGUCAUGCGUGACGACAGCAAGCAGGAGGGUCUCGAUCUCCUGAUGAACCAGGGAACCAAAGACAUUACAGACGCCGUGCAAAAGGCGUUGAUCCCCAACGGCCUUGAGAAGAACUUCCCGAAGAACCAGAUGCAGGUCAUGACCACUUCAGGUGCCAAGGGAUCCCGUGUCAACGCCUCCCUCAUUUCCUGCAACUUGGGACAGCAGGUUCUGGAGGGUAGGCGUGUCCCAGUCAUGGUUAGCGGAAAGACUCUGCCCAGCUUCAAGCCAUACGAUACAAAUAUUCGAGCAGGCGGCUACAUUGUCAACCGAUUUUUGACUGGCAUCCGACCACAAGAGUACUACUUCCAUCACAUGGCAGGACGUGAGGGUUUGAUCGACACAGCCGUCAAGACAUCCCGUUCAGGUUAUCUGCAGCGUUGUAUCAUCAAGGGAAUGGAAGGCCUUACAGUCUCUUACGAUACCUCAGUAAGAGACGCGGACGGUUCCUUGAUUCAGUUCCUCUACGGUGAAGAUGGAUUGGAUGUCACAAAACAAAACUACUUGAAAGACUUCCGAUUCAUCCUGCAAAACGUAACCUCGGAGGCGGCACAGCUCAAGUAUGACCCCAAGGUUGGAGAACGCCUGGGCGCCAACCGACAGGCGUUCCAGAAAUACAUGAAGAGCGCCGUCCGACACGCCAAACUCAACGAUCGAAAAGGAAAGGAUCCCCUCACGGCCAGCUUCGAUCCCGCCACGAACGCCUUUGCAACUUCAGAAACGUUUUACGAAGCCAUGACGACUUACCUCAAUGACAAUGCCGAUGGACUUGUGAAGCUGAACAAGAAGAACGCGGAGAUGCUUUUCGCCAUGAAAUAUCUCCGGUCGCUGGUGGAGCCUGGUGAGGCUGUCGGCAUCGUGGCUGGCCAGUCUAUCGGUGAGCCGUCUACGCAGAUGACGCUGAACACUUUCCAUUUGGCUGGUCACUCAGCAAAGAACGUCACACUGGGUAUCCCCCGUCUGAGAGAAAUCUUGAUGACUGCCAGUAAGACAAUUUCCACACCUGCCAUGACGCUGUAUCCAAACGCCGAGCUAUCGGAGGAGGAUACCGAAAUUUUCACAAAGUCCAUCAGCGUGCUGCGCAUGAGCCAAGUACUGGACGGAGUCACCGUGGAGGAAAUGGUUGGCAAGGGCAAGCUCCGCGGCCUCGCCAAGAUCUACAAGAUCAAGCUCAAGUUCUUCCCAGCUGCAGAGUAUUCCACCACCUAUGCAGUUACGGUGUCAGACAUCAUGGGCACAGUAGAAAAGAAACUUCUCCGAACUAUUCUCUCCAUCAUGAAGAGAGAGGUCAAGAAGCGUCAAUCCCAGUCGACAAUGGCGACUCCCGAGAUUGGCGUCAAGGCAGGAGUUGUUGAGAUGGCCAGGCCCGAGGGAGUAGCGGAAGGUGGCCGAGAUGACGAUGAUGACGACGACGAUGAAGAUGACGACGACGCCACCGGUGCCAAGAAGCGCGCAAACCGAAGCGAGGCAGUCUCUUACGGACCUAACGAUGAUGAUGAUGACGCUAUUCAGAAUGACAUGUCCAAGGGGGCGGAAGACGACUCAGACGACGAGGACGCGGACAACUCAACAUCACAGAACAAGGACGAUGAAGAUGAUGAGGAGGACGAGAACAAGGCCCCCGUGUCAUGGUCCGCCAAGGUGCGGGCAGAACGCGUGCUCAAUGCCUACGCGGAAGUAACAGACUUCCAGUGCGAUGACAAGGGCGGCGAGUGGUGCGACGUGACGCUCGAGUUUGACGUGAACAUCCCCAAGGUGCUGAUGCUCAACAUUGUCGAGGAUGCAGUCCGCCAGACAGUGGUUCAGCAAGUUGCCGGCGUCGGAUCGUGCAUGGUGGCUCAGGAAAAGAACGAAAAGGUCAUCAACACGACAGGCGUCAACCUCCGGGCGAUGCAGAGAUACAGCGACUUCAUUGACCCGCACCGAAUCCAGACCAACGACAUUGCGGCGGUGCUGGAGGUCUACGGCGUGGAGGCCUGCCGCGCCAACAUCGUGCGAGAGCUGUCAGGCGUCUUCGGAGGCCACGGCAUCAAGGUGGACAACCGACAUCUCAACCUGAUUGCCGACCACAUGACGAGAGGCGGCGACUUCACAGCCUUUAGCCGCAUGGGCCUCAGGGGCAACGUCAGUCCCUUUACCAAGAUGAGCUUCGAGACGACGCUCGGGUUCCUCAAGGAUGCCCUGCUGGAUGGCGACUGGGACGAUCUGACGACGCCGAGCAGUCGUCUGGUGAUGGGCAAGCUGGGCAGAGUCGGCACCGGUGGAUUCGACGUGUUGACCCAGCUGCCAACUUAUUAUGUCAACUCAUUAGCGUAA